AUUGACCUGGAAAUUUCCAACGCCGAAAUGCCUUUGCAUAUUUUCAAAACUGAGUAACACUACAAGUUUAAUGUGCAUAACGUAUUUAUAAAAUAGUUUUGCUGCAAUUUCAGAGGGAAUCGAUUUUUAUAUGUUUAUUAAUAGAAUUAUCUAAAUAUUUCUGAUAAAUAAAUUUGUAUUUGUGCAUUGGAUUAAAAGAACUGUUGUCGCCAGUAAAUACAUAAUUAUAUAUUUUCAGACAAUAAUACAACAUUUUAUACAUAGCUUGUGAAUGGAGGUUAACCUAACUAAGAACACUACAACAGUCUUUCACCCAUCCACAGCUGAAGACGAUUCCAUCAAAUGGUGGACUGAUUGUGCAGCGACACCUACUGUUCGAUAUAUUAUAUUAUUCUUUUAUAUUAUGGUGGUUGGCGUUGGAAUAGCAGGAAACAGUUUGUCCAUUCUUAUUUUAACGAGGAAACGAACACGAAGAAGAAAAGUGUUAUCAGAAGCCUAUAGGAUAUAUCUUGUUGCAUUAGCGAUUGCAGACAAUGGACUCCUCUUUUUUACGGCGUUUAUAAGGUAUACGUUGAUACCUUGGAUAUAUGAUUCGAAUUACGGUGGCUUUUAUGAGAUAUAUAUAUGUCGAUGGCAUCGAUUUUUGAUGCAUUUUUUUCACAAUGCAUCGGUGUGGUUGCUUGUUACAACCGCAUUAGAUAGAUUUUUUGCGGUAUGUUUUCCUAUAUCAUAUCAAAGAGUUAGUCGUAAAGCAACAUACGCAAAGAAAUUUACUGCAGCGACAAUAAUAAUUUCAAUUGUGUGCGCUUCUCCUUUCCUGUUGACUGGACCUGUAUAUGAGAAUGUUGUCCAGCAUGAUAUUCCAGCACUACAAUUGUCUUCAAGAAAUUUGAGCGAAAAACGUAUAGAAUUAUAUAGAACAAAAACCAAAUUUUCAAAUUAUGACAACACUUCCAUUUUUCGCUUGUAUAGUGGACAGAAUGGAAAUUUAAUAAAUUUCCCAGUAUCCGAUGCACAAGUAGAAAGUGUUUUGGAAAUUAGCUUCCCACAAAAACCACUCUAUAGUGAGUCAAUAACGGAUACGAUGGAAACUGUUCGUCGAAGAAAGAUAGCUGGAUGCUCUAUGAUGGCAGUACUGCCAGAAGACGUUGCCUACCUUAUCAACGUUAUUUUUCAUGUUGCGUUCGCAAUAGUUGCCCCAUACUUUUUCUUAACUGGAUUGAACAUGGCCAUUCUAUAUCGGAUACACGUAAUAAACCCGUUGCAAAAAUUUCGACGACGUUCUAGAUCAAACAGGCGAAUUACGAUAAUGAUGCUGACAGUAUCUUUCGUUUUUAUCGCCCUGUGGCUGCCACAAGUUAUUAUGCUGUUACUGCACUCGGACGCCCAUUCAGAUUCCUGUGAAACCAACGUUUAUCUGUCUUCGUUUGCACACAUAAGCGCAUACUCUAAUUCAGCGUUGAACUUUUUUCUCUACUGUAUGACAAUUGAUAAGUUUCGAAUUGCUGCCCGUCAACUUAUCUGUCGAACUAACAGUUAUGCAGAUGAUUUCAGAUCAACAGUUCGUUCAGAAAUUAGCAUUGUCGGCCGAAGUGAAGAUGAUAAAGUUGUUCAGAAUAUCAGAUUAUUGUGGAGAAGAAAAUCUAAUUGUAAAACUGGAAAAAUUGGAUGACCUGGUCAAAAUUGACGACUUGUUGAUUUUGAAGUGUUUGGAAGUUUAUUAGGAACCUGGUAUUUAUAUUGAUAUAGAAUGGAAAGAAAUAGGCUAAAGGAAACAACCUUCUAAAAGUGAACGCAUCCAUCUGUUGCACAGGUCGUAUUUUGUCGAAGUGCUGCAUGCAGGAACUUACAGGUUACUAAGUUACUAUCCUAGUGUCUCAGCAUAAUCAUACCAUAUCAAUUAAAAGGUCAUAUUUUUGAUUAACAGUUGGUUGUGAAGAUGGUUAUAUUAUACCAAACGCCAUUCAAACAGUAUUCCGAGGCGGAGAGUGUUAUAAAACUUGUUUUGUGCUCAAAAUUCACACAAAUAAUAUUAAAUAAAUCAGUGCAC